AUGCUUAGAAGGUUUACUGACAAGAAAGAGUUGUUGAGGCCUGCAAAAACACGGUUUGCAACUGCCUUUAUCACUUUGGCCAGGAUGCAUAGUCUGAAAAGCAACCUUAGAAGGAUGUUUACCUCCGAGGAGUGGAUGACAAGCAAGUGGGUAAAAGAAGCGGGGGCUAAAAAGGUUGUAGAAGUGAUUUUGAUGCCUUCAUUUUGGAACAAUGUUGUAUUUGCUUUAAAGGUGGCUGGUCCAUUGGUGCGUGUAUUGCGCUUAGUGGAUGGUGAGAAGAAGCCUGCUAUGGGAUACAUAUAUGAGGCCAUGGAUAGGGCCAAAGAAGCGAUUGCUAACUCUUUUAAUGGGGAUGAAAAGAAGUAUGCACCCAUUUUUCAGAUUAUUGAUAAUCGAUGGGAUGUUCAGCUUCAUCGCCCCUUGCACGCAGCUGGUUGGUACUUGAACCCAGAAUAUUUCUACAAGGCUGAACAUAUAGAUCCAGAGAUCAUGAAUGGCUUAUAUGAAUGCAUUAGAAAGUUAAAUCCAGAUAUAAAGGUUCAAGACCAAAUUGAUGCUGAGCUUUCGAUGUAUAACAAUGCAGAUGGGUUCUUUGGAAACUAUAUGGCUAUUAGAAAGAGAGCUGAGAAAUCACCAGCUGAAUGGUGGGCUUCAUAUGGAAUGUCAACACCCACGUUGCAAAAAUUUGCAAUUAAAAUUCUUAGCUUGACUUGUAGUUCAUCUGGGUGUGAACGUAAUUGGAGUGUGUUUGAAAAUCUUCAUACUAAACGGAGAAACAGGCUUGAUCAACUUCGUUUAAACGACUUGGUGUUUGUGAAAUACAAUAGAGCAUUGAGGCGUCGAUAUCAAAUGCGUGAUACCAUUGACCCUAUCAUAUUGACUGACAUUGAUGAAAGCAAUGAAUGGUUGACUGGAAAACUUGAUGAGGAGAAUGAUAAAGAUGAUGAAACUGUUUUUCCAGAUGACAUUGGGGAUGGGUUGACAUGGAGUAAUGUUGCUGCGGCUGCAGGAGUUGGAGAGCCUAGUUAUCAAUUUAGAACUAAACAAACUCGAUCACAAUUGGGAUCAACUUCGGCUUCGACUUCAAAGCGGCGAGUAACUCAAGAGAUUGAAGAGGAGGUAAGUGAGGCAGGGACCGAAGAUGAUGAAGACUUGGAAGAGGGAGAAGAAUUGAGAGAUGAAGAAGAAGAUGAAGGGGUGAUUGAAGGGGAUGAUGAAGAUAUUGACCUUGAUGUUGAUGAUCUCCUUGAUGAUGAUUGAUUAAAAAACUUUUUUAUAUUGAUUGUGGACUUGUAAUGUUUAUGUGUUUGUUUAGAACUUUGCAUUAUAAUUGGUACUUGGUAAAGUUUAAGACUUUAAGUUUGAACUUUGAUGAUGUUUCUAGUUUAGAAUUUGCUUGAUGAAUGAAUUAACUUUGAUGUUGUUAGUUUAUAGAAUUUGAAGAUAAUGAAUCAUGAAUGAUAUGAAUGUGUUAUUAUUGAUAAUUUGAUAGUUGUUUAUGAUUUUACAAGAUUUUGAGUUUUUUUCCUAAAAGGUGCGCCUCGCUUCGCAAAGGCGCGCCUCGCCUCGUGUGCCUCGCGCCUCAGGCUCCAGGACCUUUUGCGCCUCGCGCCUUUCAGAACUAUGAGUCAAGUAAAGGGUCUCCAAUCUUUUCCAAAGGUCUGAUGCCGUGGUCAUUUUGGCCACUUCCUUCAAGACCCUGUCCCCUAAACAUAAAAUCAAGGUGUUAAAAGCUUUCUUGUCAAUUUCUUUCCUUUCUUUUGAUUUUUCCUUUUUCUGUUUUUCAGUGGAGGUUCCAGGCAGUGUUUUUUCCUCAUCUAAAGCCUCUUCUAGUCCUAGAUUCCCUAGUAAUGCCCUCAUUUUCAUCCUCCAAAGGCCGAAAUCAUUCUGGCCAUCAAACUUCUCAAUAUCAUUCCUGUUGCAGCCAUUUAUGACACUGUUCUAUAAUAGAUAUUUAAACAGAUGAAAAUCAUGGAGAUUCUUGGACUAAUCUUGAACCUAGGGAUAGGCUCCGAUACCAAUUUGCUAACUUAGGACUAUGUGGAAUUACCCUUAGAUGAUAUAAGCCUCUCUCAACACUCACAAACCCUCUCGGUGUUGAUAGGAAUUGAAACAGAAAACUUAAGCAAUCAAAACAGAAUGAAAAUAAGAACAAGAAACAGAAAGCAAACCACA